AUGGGACUCGUAUUUCCUAUUAGAUUCUCGCUGAGGAGGCUGAGCGGAGGCGCGGCGAAGCCGCAUUGGGGAGAACCUCCGAAGAACCGCUGGCAACCAUUCUUACCUGAUAGGCACCACUAUGGAGAACACGCUACCUACAACGGAUUCGUUCUCCUGCUAAGAGGACUUAGGCCGCGCAUAGAGCGUGCGUGUUGCGCCACAUUCAAAACUGUCAGUGAUGUCGCGUCGCUGUUAUACAGGCCGCUGGCGCGAUCGGUGCUAAAGCACAACCCUGACAUCAGGUACCAACUAGUAGCGCUCGUUUCCUUCUUCGGUACAACGCGGGCUAUAACUAAAUACUACAGCGACAUGUACCAGGGAAUUGUCGAUCUGACAAGCUUGUUGCAGCUGGGAGUAGCAGACGACCUCAACGAACAAGGCUUCUGGAAUUCCGCGAAGGAGGACAGGGACGAAAGAAUCAAAUACUUCGAAAAGGAACAAAACAGACUCAACAAGCUGUGGGAAAACGCCUUCAAACGUGCAGUGGUAACCCAGAGCUUCGAUGCGCUCUGCGAAGACGUCAUACCGCGAUCAGACGACGUUAACACGGGGGUGCUUCCGCAGGUCUCAUGGCGAUUCAACAUGAUACCAUACGGCAGGGACAACGAAGAUGCGGUGGUGUUUGACACGCCGGCGCACGACGCUCCGCUCAGGGCGAUGGCCCUCAACUUCACAUACAACAACCUGUCGGGCGACUGGGGAGAUUACAUCAACCGCCAGGACAACAAAAAUGCUCUGCUGAGGCCAGCGAGGCAAAUGUUCACGGACAUUUACAUUCCAGGAACCAAGUGA